UCCAUUCAAAAUGGCGGACAUGUUGACAAGAUAAAACCACUUGCUAAUUGUUUUAUUUGUUACCUUUUUAAUUAUCCACAAAAAAUAAAUUUAAAAAAAUGUCGAGUUUUAAAUUAAAAUUUUUAUCAAAUGUUCCUAAAAGUUAUCUUCCAAUUGUUUUACUAAAAAAAUUUCCAGUUCCUAACCCCACUCUGUCAAAACUCAGUGACAAUAAAAAGUCAAAUAAAUUUUUAUUUAAAGAUGUCAAUAAUAAUUUACAAAAAAAUAAAAAACAGACUGGUUCUAUUAAAAUUAAUGAAGAUGAUGACAUUGAAUUGGAAGACUCAGAUGAAGAUAUUAUUUCAAUUUGUUAUAAUUCUCAAGCAACUGACACUGCUGAAGUACUGAAGAGUGAAGAGGAGUCAUCAUUCAUCAAUUAUGAUUAUGACUGUCCAUCAACACAGCGAGAUGUAGCUCCUGCCGAACCUGAAGCUGAAAGUUCGACUACUUGUCUGGUAAAUGCAAAAUUAAAUAUCCCGCCAAAUUAUUCACCUCUGGUUCAACUGGAUAGAAUAUCCUCUAAGAAUGCUGUGGAUUCUUCAGCUUUAGCUGUCAGAUCAAAACAUAAAGAACCAGAAGCAGCUUCAUUGGACAGCAAUCUUCAAAACGAUAAUGAUGAAAAUCAAGUACUUAGCACGUACUGUAACACGUCAUUUGAUUCGACAGAUAAACAUAUUGAGAAUAAUUACGGCACAUAUCGUGGAAGAAAAGUAAAAAAAUGUCCACACUGUCCUUAUAUGUCUUCGAGUCACUUAAAACGUCACAUUAUGCAACACACUCGUAACUUUCCGUUCAAAUGUACAUUUUGUAAUUAUGCUUCUGCAUCAAAAGCGAAUUUGCAACGUCAUUUUAGAGUCCACACCGGAGAGCGAUUGCACAAAUGUGAUCUUUGUAAAUUUACCAGCAUAACUUUAGAAAAUCUUCGAAUUCAUACCCGUAGUCACACUGGAGAGCGUCCAUAUAAAUGUUCCUAUUGCGAAUUUUCCUGUUCGUCUAAUAGCAAUUUGCAGCGACACACACUGAUCCAUACUAGAGAACGUCUAUAUAAAUGUUCUCAUUGUGAAUUUUCGUGUGCGACACCGGCUACUUUGCAACAACACACAAAGAUUCAUUUUCAACUUCCAUACAAGUGUUCUUACUGUCCAUAUUCUUCUGCAAAUGCAUACAACUUGCAAAGACACAUUAAGAUCCAUACUGGCGAUCGGCCUCAUAAGUGUUCUCAAUGCAAUUAUACCACUGCGUUUUCUGGCAACUUGGUGCGUCACUUACGUUCACAUGCCGGAGAUCGUCGGUACAAAUGUCCAAAGUGCCCAAGGGCUUUUACAGCUGCAGAUACUUUGAAAAAACAUUCCGCUGUUCAUAGUGUUGAUGGAGCAAGGAAAUGUUUGAAUCAGCAAAUGUUCAUUAUUUCAUCAAAUGCAAAUCCAUCUGAAAACAAAGCAAUGCAGUCUACAAAUCCUGAAAAAUCUCAUGCUUCAGUAGCUGAUACUCAUAACCAAACACAAAAAACAAAAGCAACAAGACCAUCAACGAUAAUAAAUAAACCAAUAAAAGGAAUUGAUGACAAAAGUCAACCAUACGUUUGCUAUGAUUGUAAUAAAUCAUUUAAGGAAAAAAAAUUGUUGGAAAACCAUUGGAAGUGUCAUCAUUAUACACAUUUUCAAAAAGUUGAAAAUUACAAAUGCCCAAAGUGCGAGAAAAUUUCAACCUCCUACGGUUCUUUUAUUCGUCAUUUUAAAUUCGCUCAUAGAGCGGAAUCUUCCAAAGAUUAAAAAAUAAGGAAAAGAAAGUUUUAAAUAAUUUAAGUAAAAAAACUCAGUAUCCAAUCAGAGAACUAGUACUCAAUCACAAUGCAUCAAUACAUAAUUGAGUACUAGUUCCCUGAUCAGGUACUGGGUCUCUCCUUAUGAAGUUGAAAAAAAAAAGUUUAUUUUAUUUAAUUACAUAUAAGUAUGCAAAUUAAUAUAUGAUUAUUAAAAAAUCAUGCAUUUUAUUAAACGUUAUUAUGAAUUAACAUAUCUAUAUCUUUAAAUUAAUUUUUAUAAAGAAAAUUAUAAUGAUUAAG